ACAUUUCAAAACAAAGUUGGGGCUUGUUUUGAUUCAAAGUAAAUCCGGAAUCCAAUUCUUUAUCGAAUAAAAUGUAAGUGAAAAUGCAGUCCACGGAUGAUGAUAAACAAUAUUUAGCUGAUGGGCCAGCGAAACAACCAGUUGACACGGUGUCUUUGCUGCUCAUCGUGGCGGUAGCCCUGUUUUGGGGUGCAACUAAUCCGUUCAUUCGUAGAGGCAGUCUGGGUUACAACAAUUUGAAAUCAACUACCAAGUUGGGACAGAUUUGGUUGGAAAUUAAAUUUCUUGUCUCCCGGUGGCAGUAUUUACUCCCGUUGGCUCUGAAUCAAAUCGGAAGUGUCGUAUAUGUGUUUGCACUGCAGCGGACGGAACUUUCCUUGGUUGUUCCGAUGGCCAAUUCGUUGACAUUCGUUUUUACGGCCAUUACGGCAAGACUGCUUGGAGAACAGGGUGCUGGGUGGAAAACCUACACAGGGAUGGCACUGGUGAUAGCUGGAACUGCUCUCAGUAGUUAUGAUAAAGUUCUGUGAUAUACAAAAAAUGUCAUAAUAAAUGUCAACUCACAAAUUCA